GGAUAAUCCUGACCCAAGGGCCCAGCGAGUCUCUGCAGGCCUGGCCAGGAGGCAGGAGCUUCGAUGACAUCACCCGUCCUUAUCAGAGACAUAAAAGCACCUGCGGGAACUGCAGACCUUCUCCUGAUUCCGCUGCAGCCAACCCAGAGCCAUGACUCCCCGAUGCUACAUCCUGGCUGUCUGGGCCGCUCUCUGCAUCAUCAGCCUCCUCUGCUCACAGGGAGCCCCAGUGUCCCCCACGGGUGCUCACCUGAUGCUGUGCCAGUCACACUCAAGGUGUGAGGACAGGUUCUAUGACCCCCAGCAGCACUGUUGCUAUGACGAUGCUGUGGUGCCCUUGAGCGCUUCCCGGAAGUGUGGAAACUGCACCUUCAGGAUCUGCUAUGAGCAGUGCUGUCCCUGGUCAUUCAGACCCCAGGAGACCUUCGUGGUAAAAGUGAGAGGCCAGGCGUGUUCCUUCGGCCCAUUCCCGGGUGACAGGGUUUGUUCCAGGUAA